AUGUCGACCGCUUCUAUACAGUUAUUGGUGGAUCAAAUCAAGACAGAAGCCACUCAAGACUCAUCCACCGCCGGCCAUAAUCAUGCCCGUCUUCUCCAACUUAUUGAUGAACUCAAGCUAGUGAUUGAAACACCAACUGAAACAAUCCUGCGUCUCAUUUAUCAACCUCCGGAAAAUGCCGCGUUGAGAACGGUGGUCGAUCUCGGGGUAUUCCCCCUUCUUGUCGGUAGUCCCAAGAACGAAGGUCUCUCGGCAUCAGAUAUAGCCCUGCACACAGGGGCAGAUAAGGGGUUGAUUGUCCGCCUCAUGCGAGUGAUGACCUCCUUAGGCCUUUGCUCCAGCGUAGAAGCAGAGGUAUACUGUCCAAAUGAUAAGUCUCUCGCCAUGACCAAGCCGAUCGGUCGUGAUGGGGUCCCCUGCAUAUACGAUCUUACACUUCCUGCCCUCUCCAAACUUCCUGAGUACCUCCGCCUCAACAACUACGUCAAUCCAGAGGAAUACUCAAAGUCCCCCAUGCAGUGGGCUGUAGGCAAAAGCCAAUUCGAAUGGCUUGCAGAGAACAAGCAGCAUCAGUUUCUUUUCAACUCAUACAUGUCAAGCCGACGGGAAGGAAAGCCAAAUUGGUUCGACGUAUACCCCUUGAAAAGGCUGAUUGACGGUGCCAUACCUUUACAGGAUGCUGCCUUCCUUGUUGAUGUCGGUGGAAAUGAAGGGCAUGAUUUGGGAAAUCUCUAUGCCCGAUAUUCCAGGCCCCCUGGGCGACUCAUUCUUCAGGAUCUACCAAAAAUGGUGAAGAAUGUUGACAGACAGGGAAUAGAUACCAUGGCAUAUAGCUUUUUGGACCCGCAGCCAGUCAAGGGUGCCCGAGCAUAUUACUUUAGAGCAAUUUUCCAUGACUGGCCCGACAGAAUUUGCCAGCGAAUUUUGCUGAAUACUAUCUCUGCCAUGAAUGCCCAAUACUCGCGCAUCAUCAUCGUCGACUUUGUUCUCCCCGAUACAAAUGUUCCACGAAUGCAAUCCGCUAUGGACAUUCAGAUGAUGAGCAUCGGAGCGGGUGUUGAGCGAUCGAAAAAGCAGUGGGUUGAUCUUCUUGCCAGUGUUGGUUUGAAAAUCAAUGGAAUCUGGAAUUCAAAUCCGGCCCUGGAGUCGAUUAUUGAGGCAGUCUUGAUGGAAGAUGCCGAAAGGCUUUGA